AUUGUUGUGAUAAACUUAUUAAAUAGAUACCAGAACCAUGAACGGCUCUAACCGAAAUGAGGUACAGAUGCACAACUAUUUUGACAUUGGUAGAGGUCAAUCGGUAGUUGAAAACCAGGGAUAUCCGCAAGAUGCAUUUUCAUCCAGAAAUUCUGGUAAUCGAGAGUCGGAAUCUCAGUUUUCAGCCAACAGACUGCUUUCUAUCAACACAGUCGGAGCCCAUGCUAACACAUACUCUGGAAAUUUCAGUCAACAUGCGCCCUUGGAACAAAUGAUGAAUCCAUCCGCCCAAUCGCCAUCUUUAUGCAAUUCUCCCCAACUUACUCCUCAGAAUUCAGGGAAUUUUUCACAAUUCAGUUCGCCAUCACUUGUAGGAGAUAUUCCUACCCCGAAUUCACAAUACCAAGGGCAGAUGAAUGAUCCUCAGGUGACGAAUAGAAAGUGUGAAGUGUGCAAGGAGCACGCAAGUGGGAAUCAUUACGGUUGUUGGACGUGUGAGGGAUGCAAGGCCUUCUUCAAACGUAGUGUGCAAGCUAACUCGCAGUACACGUGUGUGUCUGGCAACGACUGUGACGUGGACGGGGUGGGAAGGAAGAACUGUCCGGCCUGUCGACUCAGAAAAUGCUUCCAAGUCGGAAUGACUUCCGAGAGCAUCAAAAGAGACAGACGUCUGGCUGCGACUUCAUCUCAAGAUGCAGCCUCCAUGUUCCGACAGGAGAAUCCUCUAGCUGCCUCUCUCUUACACAGACUGAUUGAGAUCGAAAUCGAGCCAAUCAGCGCCGACUUCUCUCUCCCAGAAGCAGGCGAUGAGUCACUGUCGCCCAAUGCAUAUCUGAUCAAACUGUUUGCAAGAUUAGCAGAUAGGCUGUUGUCGUUUUACGUUGAGUGGGCCAAGUCAAUACCAGGAUACUCGAACUUGACCUUGGCGACGCAGCGCAGUCUGCUGUCGAGGUGUUUCUUCGUGGAGGCCCUUCUGGACAUGAUGUUCCGAUCGAUCGAGUUGCAGCCGGGACAAAUUCGCAUAUCGGCCGACAUAGCCAUGACACAGAAUGCUCUCAUGGCUCUAACCAAUGGCUCACGAUAUGAAGUUCAUGACGAAAUAGAGGAAGCUUCGAAACUAUUCCGCAAUUUACGAGUAUCAUAUGAAGAAUAUCUAGCUCUAAAAUGCGUAGUCUUAAUGUCAAGCGAAGAUUUAAUCGACGUUGCGAGUGAUUUAACAUACGUGAAAACAUUACAAGAUAGAGCUAUUGACUGUUUGGUGUACGCUGUUCACGAGAAUUUGUAUAGAAUCGACAUGAACACGUCUGAAGAGGUAAUGCAAAGACGAACCUCGAAAUUGUUGAUAUUGAUUAGUCGUUUGAACAGGUUAUCUUUUCAGAUUCUGACUCAUAUUACAAGAGUGAAAGACAGUAUUCCCAUGUUUGAAUUAGUAGGUAGCUUAUUAAGUCAAAAUUUAUCCAAUUAGUUUUAUUUUUUUAGCUGAUCUAUGUUAUUCUAUAGUUUUUGAUAUUCUAUAAAUUAAAUCAAUUGAUAUAAAUUGUUGUAGUGUAAAUAGUUGAAUAUUGAUCAAUGAAC